GGGGCAAUGUCAGAAUCAGGACUAAAGCCGUCAAAUGUCAAAGCUAUGUGGGCGUGAAGUGGUUAAAUAAUAUUUUCAAAAAUAAUAUGUAUUUGUUAAAAUAUGAAUUAAUUGUAAGUUUUGUUAUCAUUUUUAUGCUCAAAGAUAUUUCAGCUAUUAAACACAUAGAGGCAAAUCCAGAUGCGAAACGACUCUAUGACGAUUUACUUAGCAAUUACAAUCGACUCAUUAGACCAGUUAUAAACCAUACAGAAACUCUAACUGUAUGGCUUGGUUUGAAAUUAUCACAAUUGAUAGAAAUGAAUCUAAAAAAUCAAAUAAUGACGACGAAUUUGUGGGUUGUACAGAAAUGGUACGAUUACAAAUUGAGAUGGGAUCCUCAAGAAUAUGGUGGAGUAGAGAUGUUGUAUGUCCCUUCUGAACAUAUUUGGCUUCCUGAUAUCGUACUUUUCAAUAAUGCGGACGGUAAUUACGAAGUAACUCUAAUGACUAAAGCUACUUUAUCUUAUACGGGGGAAGUUAUAUGGAAACCUCCUUCUAUAUAUAAAUCUUCUUGUGAAAUAAACGUCCAGUAUUUUCCUUUUGACGAGCAAAGUUGUCUCAUGAAAUUCGGAUCCUGGACUUAUAAUGGUUUACAAGUAGAUCUAAAACACAUGGAUCAACAACCAGGUAGCAACAUAGUAAAAGUUGGAAUCGAUCUAUCUGAAUUCUAUUUAUCUGUUGAAUGGGAUAUUUUAGCAGUACCGGCAACAAGAAACGAAGAAUACUAUCCGUGUUGUGCGGAACCUUAUUCAGAUAUUACUUUCAAGAUAACGAUGCGGAGAAAAACUUUAUUUUAUACGGUGAAUCUUAUUAUACCCUGCGUCGGUAUUACAUUUCUUACUGUACUCGUAUUUUACUUACCCUCCGAUUCAGGAGAAAAAGUUACUUUGUGCGUAUCGAUACUUAUAUCACUCACCGUAUUUUUUCUUCUUCUCGCCGAAAUUAUCCCGCCUACGUCAUUGGCGGUACCUCUUUUAGGGAAAUAUCUACUUUUUACGAUGAUUUUAGUAACUUCCUCUAUAUGGGUGACUGUGUGCGUUCUCAACGUUCACUUCAGAUCUCCAUCAACGCAUAAAAUGUCGCCGAUGUUUAGAAAAAUAUUUUUACAUUUUAUGCCGAAAUUAUUAAUUAUGAGAAGAACUACGUAUUCGAUACCGGAAUACGAUGAUACACAACCGCCUAGAGGUUAUACAAAUGAAAUGGAUAUACAAAUUAAUAUGGGGGAACCGUUUACAACCGAUUUUAAAAUAACAACUACAGAACCUAGUUUCGUACUCCAAAACACUGAUGACGGAAAAAUGAAAGCUCACUCAUCCAUGACCGAUUCUUCGAAUAUAACACCUAAAGUUCUGUCUGCCAACGUUUUAGCAGCUUUAGAAGGGGUCAGAUUCAUUGCUCAACAUAUCAGAGAUGCUGAUAAAGAUAACGAAAUUGUUGAAGAUUGGAAAUUCGUAUCUAUGGUUCUAGAUAGGUUUUUCUUAUGGGUAUUUACGCUUGCUUGUAUUGGAGGAACGUGUGGUAUAAUAUUCCAAGCCCCCUCCCUUUACGACACCAGGGUUCCCGUGGAUCAAAAACUCAGUGGAAUACCAUUGUCCAAAUUAUUUCAACGGCCUCCAAAUUUUUAAUUACUCUGAUACAGGGUGUACUGCCAUUUUUUAUGAUUAAAUUAACGCACUAUUAACGUAUACAGUUUUAGUAGUAAAUUUUAUCCAUUUAUCUAAUUAAAAGAUAUGACAUAGUUUAUAAUAAUUAUAAAAAUAUUUUUAACAUUAAAAAACUUCAUGCACUUAUAAUGAGUACUUCAAAUUGAUUUUUAUAUGUAUGGAGAAGUUUGUUAUUGAAAUGCUGAAAACGAAUUUAUGGUGUUGAAUUUCCACCAUUUUUUCUUCAAGUUUUUAUUGUUAACAUAAUUUUAUAUUGUUAUUUCUCAGUACAGAAAUAAAACAAUUGAGCCUUGUAUAUGAUUAUCUCGUUUCGAAUAAAAAAUCGUAAUAUUUAAA